CAACGAAUUUGAUGAAAACCCAACAACAACAAUCACAGAAACCGCCAGCAAAAAAGGUGGCAAGAAGAAGCGACGCAGCACACGCCGAAGAACGACACAGAAGCCAACAAUCAGAUAUGUGGAAGUGAAGAAAACAGUACAGGAGUACGUAAAGACUCCACGUGUCCACUGCCACUUUGGUGAUAUUGACUCUAGCAAUCUUGAUCCGAACAUUAAAUACGUAUAUGUACUGCGUAAAGAUCCAUAUGGCAUACGUAGUUUCUACAAUCGCGCUGAAUGCUUUGCGGAGAUGCCGAAAUACUUUAUUGUUGGCACCAUAAAUGGUGCUGUGAUUAAUUCGUUGCAGAGUGAUUUGAAUUUGGUUGGCCGCAAAGCUAUUCAAUUUCAAUUUCGCGAACCGAAAUUCGAUGACAAGCAAACGAAUGCCGAUGAGAAUAUAUGCGCGGGUCCCGGUGCCGGUUCGGGUGAAGUCAAAGAGACAGGACCCGGUUUGCUGGAGUUGUCAAAGCCCUCGGAAUUCCGUUUGCGCGCACUUAAACAGAAAAAAAAACUGGAGAAGCUCAAAAAGGUGUCUUUAAUAAAAGGAAAAGGCAAAAAGAGCGUGGACGGCCAAGGCGACGCACCUGAUGAUGAAGAUGAGGAUGAGGAGGAAGAGGUGGCCGCGAAGCCCGACGAUGUUGGCUCUACUUCAUCCUCCGAACAAAUGGAGGAACCCGAGAAACCCAAACUGACGAUUGCCGAACGCUGGGAACAAUUAUUGCGCGAGACGAACGAGGCAAUCGAACGGCAACGCCUCGAGGAGGAAAGCGCUGUGGAGAAGCUACCGCCGUACCAGGAAAAUCUACUCAAAGAGCUGAAUGAGUUCGAGGGCGAAGUGGAAUGGACCACGAAGCACUGUAUGCGCGCAUUUGAUUUGCCCACCAGCUAUGCAGCGCCGGGGCAAGAGGAUGUCGAAUUUGAGGAGUCGAAAGUAAAGAUACCAGUGGAUGCAAAGAAACUUGAUUUGAUACCAACAUACUCGCUGGAAAUAUUGGAGGAUAUCGUGCACGGUUGGAUCUAUUUUCUGCAGGGUCGUAUCAAAGCAUUGAAGGAUAUGCAACUGGAUGAGUUCACACCAAUGGCCGCAUACCGCAUCUGGCAUCAUGGUGAAAUCGAGCUGUACACCGCUUUAGAACAAUUGAAGUCGGAGUUUGUGUUAACAGUUUUGGAUAUACUGCGAAAUGCCGAUUCGCCCAUGAUCAAACGUUGGGAUGAUUUCAUGAAUGUCUUGCAGGAGCACUACCACCUCUCCAAAGAGAAUUCAGAUUAUAUUUCCACCAUCACCGAUUACUUAGAGAAAAUUCGGGACUACGAAAGCUUCAAGAUGACAACGCUACUCAUACCCAACGUAAUGGUGGGCCUACGCCACAUCUGGACCAUGUCCAGCUACUACUGCCGCGACGACAAAAUGCAAGUUCUGCUCUGCCAAAUCUCCAAUGUCUUCAUACAGAAAGUCAAGCGCAUCAUCUGCUUUGAACACAUUUUCAGCCGCUCUGCGAAAUACACCUACGAGACCGCCACAAAUUGCGCCAAUUUGUUGCGCUGCUGGAAGAGCGCCUAUCUCGCCAGCCGUUCGUACAUCGAAAGCUCUGGUGUCGGCUCACGUUGGGAGUUCGACCGUCAGACGCUAUUCUCCGAGGUCGAUCAUAUAUGUCACAUAAGUCAAGAUAUCGCUUAUAUUGGACGCGUUUUUAUACAGUAUGAGAAUCUCUUCGGCCAUCGUCUCAAGGCGCUCAUUACCGAUCCAUCCAUUGUGGAUGAUUUGAUGAAGAAAGUCUAUCGUCUGCUGGAUGAUAUGCUUUCUAGUGUUGACUAUGAUAUUUUCCGGCCAGGCAACUAUGAGAAUUGGGAACAUACACUGGAAACAUUCAAUCGUCGGCUGGAAGGUGUGGAGUCCGACGCAAAAGCCGUUAUUGAGCGUAGCAUCAAUACCUUGCGUUCUUCAGAUAUGGGUCUGGAGCUAAUUAAGACAAUCAAGGAAAUAGACACACGUGAUGAGCUCGCCGAAUUUAUUUCGACAAAACAUGAAAAUAUUUUGCGUUUCUUUCAAACUGAAAUCAACUCGGUGGAGUUUACAUAUGCGAAAAAUCGCAAAAAUCCACCCAUCGGUAAGCAUCAACCAUUCCGGAUCGGCUGCAUUCAGUGGGCGCGUCUGUUGACCAAUAAACUAAAAGUCUCCGUGUUGGCAUUCAAAAGGAUGGCCGAUGAGCCCAAUUUGAAAAACAGUUAUGUCAAACGCAGCGCUUUUAAGCAAUAUUUUGAGCUGGUCAAUAAAAUGUAUUUGUUCGAGAAGGAAAUGUUUGACAGGUAUUCCGCGAAAGGCACUUAUAUGGUCAAUGCGGUCUUUCGCCAGAAUAUUUUAUGCAUUCGAAUUUGCAAUCCCAAGAUUUUGGAGUAUCUCUCGGAGUCUCAGGAAACGCUACGUUCAGUGCGCAGAAAAACUGAAGAUAACGAAGGCCAGCAAUUGCAGCAAUCAGAGAAUACUGACCCGGGUUUCGUACGCAAAAUUACCAAAUUUACCAUAUUCGCAACGCUCGUACAAUGGUUGAUGUGUCGCCCGCGUAAGGAGGAUAUACACAUACAAAAAGCGAGAGCUUUUAUAAAAGCAGUUAAACCAAAGAAAAAUCCUAGUGAAAAGGAUAAAAACUGUUUGAAAAUGUGUGAAUUGCUUAUACGCGCCGAAAUGCAGGAUGGUUUGCCCACAUGGCGUGAGUUGGUUGGCGAUCGCAUACUAAUUGAAUUCGAUUUGCAAUUUCGUGUGAAUCUAACACGUGAAAUUUUCGAGAUCAUGUUCGAAGGUCAGCAAUUUGAACAUUUCGGCUAUUUGUUACCUAAUGCACUACGCACUGCCAUUAUGAAGAAGGAGAUGCUUUUUAAUGACUACGAGGCCGUGGCCAGUUUCACGGAUAGAUACAAUGCUCUCAUUGAUAGUUUGGUGUUGUCGGAGGUUAAUUUCUUACGCGAUCAUCUCUACGAAACCGAGAUAGUCAUACAAACCGGCAUCGGUCGCUACACAUGGCAGUCAUUCAAUAUUCUGAAAUUCUGCGACUCAGUCAACACGCUCAUACGCAAACUCAUCUCGAUUGUGUCGCAAAUCAAUUUCAUACGUUUGGAUAUUAAAAGUCGCAUCGAUCGCAUCAAACAAUUCAAUCUCUUCGAUAUACACGAUCGUACCGGUUUGGAUCGUGUGGCGAAAGCACCCGAUGUACAAUUCACACACGAAUCCAGUUCAGUCGAAGCACAACAAACCUCUAGUGAUGGUACCGAUACGGAGAAAGCGCCUAAAAUUCCAUCAGUGAAAAUUAUACAAUUGAAAGAAGAGGAAGCCGAGCUGACACAACAGGAAAAAGAAUGCGGCAAGGAUAUGUAUCAUUUCCAAGGUUAUUUCGAGAAGCUGGAACAAUCGCGCAACGAAAAAUGUUCGCACAUGAAACGGCUGUACAACUCCAUCGGACCGGUGCUGGUGAAGCUCGAGAGUCUUGUAUUGGGUACGUUUACGGGGCGCUCGGAGAAGAUGCGUGGUUAUUACACCUAUUGGGAGCAAAUGACGUAUCAGUGUAUUUUGGACAACGCUUACCAAAAUCUUAAAUGCUACAUCGAGCGUUUGCUCAGUAACGUGCCGAUGUUUGAAGUGAAUGCCGUCAUGCUGAUGUCCGAGAUCGUACUGGAGCCGACGGCUUCGGAAAUGCAGAAUAUAAUGCUGCAAGCGGCCAAGGAUUAUCUCGAUCGCAUUCACAUCUACACACGCUGGAUGGAUGGCACAUGCUUGCCUUGUCCGCCGAUUAACGAUGAAUACGGCGACAAGUACAUAUUUACAUUCUAUGAGGACGUGAUUAAGGUUCGUGACAUCAGCCAUUUGGUAGUGCGGGUACAAGAGGUCUCCACGGCUUUGGUAUACGAAUGCAAGACUAUUAUAGCCAAAUUCAAACAGUACUUUUAUUUGUGGGCCUUCGAUAAGCAUGCCAUUGCUGAGAAAUUUAUUAAUCGUGGCAUGCCGCUGGUCAUACUCGAUGAGAAAUUUACAUUCUUCGCCAAUAUCAUAGAGGAGAUCCAGCUGAUGCCACCCUAUUGGAAUACCAAAAGCAUACGCAUAAAUCUGAAGAAGCUAAUGGACAGCAUCUCUCAGCAUGCCCAGCAAUGGCGCACAAUACUGGGAGAGUUGUUGGCCAAGCGGACAGCGCAGAAUAUUCUUAAGUUGCGUAAUGAAAUCAAAGAGCUACGCUUUAACUUGGAUAUGACCACAAAAGAAUUGGCGGACUUCAAGCUGGUUAUGCAGACCAUCUCCACCAUACAAACUAAAACGCUAACCUACGAGCAGCGCAUACACGAGUUGCAGGAAACAUAUACGGUGCUGGCCGAGCAUAAUAUCAAGUUCAACUUUGACGACUUGCUGAUGGCCCAUCACCUGGAGAAACGUUGGAAUCGUCUCUUCCGCUCAUCGCUCUUCCGUUUGGAUAAGGUGCAACCAAUUAAGCAGAAAUUCGCCGAUAUGACGGCCGUGGAAAUCUCAUCAUUCUGGGAAGAGCUGGAGGAGUUCAUCAGAGACUUUGAGGAGAAUGGGCCCGGCUCGGUCGGACCCGACUUGGACAAAGGCAGCAAGUUGAUGGACUUUUACGGUGCCAAAUUGAAUAAAUACGAAGAGCGGCGCAUUGAAUUGUCCAAUGCGGAGAAACUUUUCGACAUGCCGAUGGCCGAUUACAAUGACUUCUCAAGAAUCAAGACCGACUACGACGGCAUGAUAUUGGUCUACAAACUGUACAAAGCCUACAAGACCGGCCGAGAAGUUUGGUCGAAGACACUAUGGGCCGAUUUAGAUCCACAAAUACUCACGGAUGGCAUCGAAAGUUACAUGAAAGAGUUUCGCAAACUACCAAAACAGGUACGCAUGUUACCCUCUGGCAUGAUGCUCGAAUUGAGCAUGAAACAAUUCAAGAAUACUGUACCGUUAAUGGUCAGUCUUAAGAACGAGGCCUUACGCGAACGCCAUUGGAAUCAGUUGAUGGAGAAGACGGGUCAGUACUUCGAUAUGGCACCGGCACGUUUCACGCUCGAAAAUAUGUUCGCAAUGAAGCUGCAUGAGUAUCAGGAAAUCGCUGAACAAAUUCUCAACAACGCCAUUAAAGAGUUAGCUAUUGAGCGUGGCGUUAAAGCCGUCGAAGAUACCUGGGCCACCAUGGCAUUUAAAGUGCAUAGGCAUUACAAAGGUACCGAAGAUCGCGGCUACACACUGGGCUCAGUGGAGGAAAUUAUCGUAACACUGGAGGACAACGCCAUGAACUUGCAAUCGAUGGGCGCAUCACAGUUCAUCGGUCCAUUUCUGGAGACUGUCAAUAAGUGGGAGCGCCUGUUGUCCUUGAUCGGUGAAAUCAUCGACGAGUGGCAGGUGGUGCAGCGCAAGUGGCUCUACCUGGAGGGCAUUUUUAUUGGUGGCGAUAUACGUGCACAGUUGCCAGAUGAAGCGAAGAAAUUCGAUGACAUUGACAAAGCAUACCGCAGGAUUAUGGUCGAUUGUGCCAAGAAUCCGUUGGUGGUGCCACUUUGUUCGGUGCCUGGCCGUUUGCCCGAAAUUCAAGGACUCGGCGUCGGUUUGGAGAACUGUCAGAAGUCAUUAAACGAGUAUUUGGAAUCGAAAAGACGCAUAUUUCCGCGCUUUUACUUCAUUUCCACGGAUGAGUUGCUUUCGAUUUUGGGCAGCAGCGAUCCAUCGGCUGUGCAAAAUCACAUAAUCAAGAUGUACGACAACAUUAAGUCACUGCGCUUCUCCAAGGACAACUCGGAUCAGCCCAUCGUCACUGCAAUGAUAUCCAGCGAGGGUGAGGUUAUGGAAUUUCGCCACAGCGUGCGCGCCAAGGGUCGCGUGGAGAACUGGAUGUGCGACGUGCUGGACGAGAUGCGACGCUCGAAUCGUUUCAUCACCAAGCGUGCCAUCUAUGACUUUGGCACUGAUCUGGAAAUAACAAGACCCGAUUGGAUGAUGAACUACCAAGGCAUGGUGGGUUUGGCGGCUUCGCUUGUCUGGUGGACCGCCGAGGUCGAGGAGGCUUUCGAUCAGGCCACCAAUCAUCACAACAUGCGCGCCAUGAAAGAUUUCCUCGAAAAGCAGAAUCAUCAAAUCGAAGAGCUGGUGAUUAAGGUGCGUUCGAAUUUGACGCGCAACGAUCGUUUAAAGUUCAAAACCAUCACAACAAUCGAUGUGCAUGCACGUGAUAUCAUCGAAGCUUUUGUCCGUGACAAUAUUUUGGAUGCAAGCGAAUUCAGUUGGGAGAGCCAAUUGCGUUUCUAUUGGCUGAAGUUGUACGAUAAUCUCUAUGUCAUCCAGUGUUCGGGUAAAUUCGAGUAUGGUUAUGAAUAUAUGGGCUUGAAUGGUCGGCUGGUCAUCACACCGUUAACGGAUCGCAUCUAUUUGACUAUCACACAAGCACUGCUUAUGAAUUUGGGCGGUGCUCCGGCCGGUCCCGCUGGUACGGGUAAAACGGAGACCACCAAAGAUUUGGCCAAAGCCAUGGCGCUACUCUGUGUGGUCACCAAUUGUGGUGAGGGUAUGGAUUUUCGCGCGGUCGGCACUAUUUUGUCGGGACUAGCUCAAUGCGGUGCUUGGGGUUGUUUUGACGAAUUCAAUCGUAUCGACAUCUCGGUGUUGAGUGUGAUUUCUACACAGCUGCAGACUAUAAGAAAUGGUUUGAUAAGGAAGUUGGAUCGCAUAAUUUUCGAAGGUGGUGACAUAAAACUCGACCGCAAGGUUGGAGUCUUUGUUACUAUGAACCCUGGCUAUGCCGGUCGUACGGAGUUACCGGAAUCGGUUAAAGCACUCUUCCGGCCAGUGACCUGCAUUAAACCGGAUUUGGAGUUAAUCUGUUUAAUAUCCUUAUUCUCGGAUGGAUUUUUAACGGCUAAGGUACUUGCCAAGAAGAUGACAGUACUCUACAAACUGGCUGAGGAGCAACUCUCCAAGCAAUGCCAUUACGAUUGGGGUCUGCGUUCACUGAAUUCGGUGCUGCGUAUGGCAGGUGUGAUGAAGCGCGCAUCGGAGGAUCUACCCGAGGCUGUUGUGCUGAUGCGUGUACUGCGUGACAUGAACUUUCCGAAAUUCGUCUUUGAGGAUGUGCCAUUGUUUUUGGGACUUAUUAAGGACUUAUUCCCAGGCAUUGACUGCCCACGCAUUGGUUACCCUGAUUUCAAUGCGGCCGUUCGACACACGCUCGUCACCGAUGGCUACGUACUACUCGCAGACCAGGAGGAUAAAGUGGUGCAAAUGUACGAGACCAUGAUGACCCGACACUCGACUAUGAUUGUUGGACCAACAGGUGGUGGCAAGACUGUCGUCAUAAAUACACUAAUUAAAGCACAAUGCCACAUGGGUCUGCCCACCAAGUGCACCGUACUUAACCCGAAGGCCUGUUCGGUAAUCGAAUUAUAUGGUUACCUCGACAUGGAUACACGCGAUUGGAUUGAUGGAUUAUUUUCGAAUAUAUUUCGUGAGAUGAAUAGGCCGACCGAGCGAGAGGAACGCCGUUAUGUCUGCUUUGAUGGUGACGUCGACGCGCUAUGGAUCGAGAACAUGAACUCCGUUAUGGAUGAUAAUAAGCUGUUGACAUUAGCGAAUGGUGAACGCAUCAGAUUGGAAAGCUACUGCGCGCUGCUCUUCGAGGUCGGCAACUUAUGGUACGCCUCGCCUGCCACUGUUUCACGUGCCGGCAUGGUCUAUGUGGAUCCGAAAAAUUUGCGUUACGCGCCAUAUUGGCAGCGCUGGAUAUUGACACGGCCCGAAGGCGAAAACGCGAUAUUAAGUGACUUUUACGAGAAAAUAGUCGUACAAGCGAUCGCUUUCAUUUUGGAGGGUAUAGAUGGCACGUCACAGGGCAAUCCACUGAAAAUGGUCAUACCACAAACCGAACUGAAUUUGGUCGUACAAUUAUGUAACAUGUACGAUGCUUUACUGCCUGUCUACACCAAUGUGGAUGAUAUAACUAUGGAGUCGCCAGAGGCUAUUAUUUACGAUCAGGACUCAAUUGAGUGUGGAUUUUUACAGUGUGUCUAUAAUUCACUGGGCGCCACUUUGAUUGAAAGAGAUAAGCCUAUAUUCGACGAAUUCUUGAAACGCAUAGCUGGCUUCCCCACCGUCGCAGACGCGCCAGAUAAACCAGCUUCGGGCGGUCAACUGCCGAAUAGCAAGCCGACACUUUACGAGUACUUCUACAGUCGUGAGAAAGGUUGCUGGAUCGCCUGGGAAUGGGUUGUGCCGCAAUAUGUGCAUGAUCCGGAAAUGAAGUUCAGUGAGAUUCUCGUGCCGACUGUGGACAGCACCAGAACCAAUAAAACGUUGGCGCUGAUGAGUGAGAUCAAGCGACCAGUGCUGCUAGUCGGCGAAGCGGGCACAUCAAAGACAGCCAUGAUUUCACAGUAUUUACGUAAUCUAAAUCCGGACUCGAAUAUCAUAUUGAAUAUUAAUUUUUCAUCGAGAACUUCAUCUAUGGAUGUGCAACGCACGCUCGAGGCAGCUGUGGAAAAACGUACAAAGGACACAUUUGGUCCACCAAUAGGCAAGAAGAUUGCAUGCUUUGUAGAUGACAUGAAUAUGCCACAAGUUGAUGAUUAUGGCACACAACAACCGAUUGCAUUGAUGAAACUACUCUUCGAACGCGGUGGCAUGUAUGAUCGUGGCAAGGAUUUGAAUUGGAAAAAAUUCAAAGAUCUCACAUUCUACGCCGCUAUGGGUUGCGCCGGCGGUGGACGCAACGAAGUGGAUCCACGUUUUAUAUCCAUGUUCGCUGUCUUCAAUAUAGUAUUCCCGAACGAUGAAUCGUUGCAACAAAUCUACGUGUCGAUAUUCAAGGGGCAUCUGCAGCAUAGCAGUGCCUUCAAAGAGGAGGUCAUACAGAUGGCGGAUUAUGUGGUUAGCAUGACUCUGAGACUCUUUAAGGUUGUCGUCGUCGACCUGCCACCAACGCCAUCGAAAUUUCAUUACAUCUUUAAUUUGAAGGAUCUGUCGCGCAUUUUCGCCGGCAUGCUAUUGAUCCAUUCGAACUACUUCACCAAUCUACGUGACUUGAUACGCGUUUGGCGUAAUGAAUUUACAAGAAUUAUUUGCGAUCGAUUAAUUUCGGAAAAUGAUGUCAUCUUAAUGAAAAAGCACAUUGAACGUGAAGUUGACGAAACGUUCCCGGUGGGAUUCGAGGAAGAACACGGAUUCAUAGACCCGGAUGCGGUGGCUCAAGAACAAGCAGAUCUAUUGGCUAUGAAUCCCGAUGAAGAACCAGUGAUUGUAACAUUCCAUGAUUUUGUCUUCCGAGAUCCAUUACUUUACGGAGAUUUUCGUAACGCGAUGAAUGAAUCAGAGCCACGUUUCUAUGAGGAUCUCGUAGACUAUCAUGCCGUACAUGCACUUUUCGAAGAGAUACUCGAAGAAUAUCAAGAACGCAGAGGUAAAAUGAAACUAGUGCUUUUCGAAGAUUGUCUGGAGCAUUUGACGCGUAUACAGCGCACCUUACGCAUGCAUCGCGGACAUGUAAUGAUAAUUGGCGUUGGUGGUAGCGGCAAAAAGAGCAUUACACGUCUGGCGUCAUUCGCAGCCGAAUGUGAGGUUUUUGAAAUAACAGUGGCACGUGGUUACAAUGAGACAUCUUUCCGUGACGAUCUCAAGCGGCUCUAUACCAUGGUGGGUGCGGAACGUAAAAAAACUGUAUUCCUCUUUAACGCCGCGCAGAUAGUCGAAGAAGGCUUCCUGGAGCUGAUUAACAAUAUACUAACUGUGGGUCAAGUGCCAGCACUCUUUGCCGACGACGAAAAGGAUGCCAUAGUAACAUCGUGUCGCACAGCUGCUGAAGAGGCUGGGUACUCGGCUUCCAAGGACUCCGUCUGGUUGUACUUCCUACGUACGUGCGCUGAGAAUCUGCAUGUCUCUUUAUGUAUGUCGCCAUCCGGCGAUGCUCUACGUAACAGAUGUAGAAGCUUCCCCGGUCUAAUCGGCAGCACAUAUAUAGAUUGGGUUUUCCCUUGGCCGCAACAAGCUUUAUCGGCAGUGGCGCAACUUUUCCUCUCAGAACAUAAAAUGAUACCGGCCGAACAUCGUGAUGCUAUAAUUGAACACGUCGUUCAUGUACAUACAACCAUACAAAUGUAUUCCCGCGAGUAUUUGAUCAAGUUGAGACGUAACAAUUAUGUCACACCCAAGCAUUAUCUGGACUUCAUCAACACCUACUUGCGUCUGCUAGAGGAACGCAGCAGCUUUAUACGAAUGCAACGCAACCGACUUAAGGAGGGCAUACAGAAGAUUGAUGACGCGGCUAAGCAAAUUGACGAGUUGCGUAUCAUUGUUACCGAACAGAAAGCUAAUGUGGCCAAGGCGUCGGAGGAGUGCGAAGCUAUGUUAGUUGACAUUGAGGAGUCCACACAGAAGGCUAAUGUCAAAAAAGCCGAGGCAUCGGAAAAGUCUAUAGAAGUAGAGAUCAAAGGUAAACAAAUUGCGAUCGAGAAAGAAGAUGCUGAGGAAGCGCUUGCCGAAGCUAUGCCAGCUUUGGAGGAAGCACGUCGUGCACUAGCCGAUCUUGAUAAGGCACAAAUUACCGAAAUCCGUUCGUUUGCAACGCCACCACCGCAAGUGCAAGUCGUUUGUGAAUGCGUCGCUAUAUUGAAGGGCGUCAAAGAAAUCAAUUGGAAGUCUGCGAAGGGUAUGAUGGCCGAUGUGAGCUUUUUGAAAAGCUUAAUGGAAAUGGACUGUGAAGCGUUGACCGGCAAGCAAAUAAACGCUUGUCGUGCUCAUAUGAAAAACUCAAACUUGGAUGAUAUGGAGAAGAUUUCCGUAGCCGGUGCUGGACUCUUAAAAUUUGUACGCGCUGUAAUUGCUUUCUACGAGGUAUACCGUGAGGUGAAGCCCAAAAAGGAACGUGUAGAUUUCUUGGUGCAAGAACAAGAGAUACAAAUCAAGUUGCUAAAUCAUCUCAAUCAUGAAAUUGCCAAGUUGGAGGAACAACUCGAUCAGUUAAAUCAUCGUUACGCUGAGUCGAUGAAGCAGAUGAAAGCGCUGACUGAAAUGAUGCGGCAGGCCGAGCGUAGAUUGAUUGCUUCGAAUAAGUUGAUAAGCGGUCUUAGCUCCGAGCGCAGUCGCUGGGCGGAGGAUAUGGAAAACUUCCGCAAGCAAAAAAUUAACAUGAUUGGCCAAUGUUUAUUGUGUGCCUCGUUUCUUGCCUACACAGGCGCUUUUUCAUGGGAUUUCCGCACCGCAAUGGUGUUUGAUGAUUGGCUAAAAGACGUGCAGAAUCGUUUAAUUCCGGUGCCCUCACCAUUUCGUAUCGGUGAAAGUCUCACCACGGAUGUUGAAGUUUCCACAUGGAACUCGGAAGGCCUACCGCCGGAUGAGCUGUCGGUACAGAAUGGUAUAUUGACCACACGCGCAUCACGUUUCCCACUCUGUAUAGAUCCACAACUACAAGCCUUGCACUGGAUUCGAAAGCGUGAGACGAGAAAUAAUCUAAAAGCACUAUCUUUCAGCGAUUCCGAUUUCUUGAAGCAACUCGAAAUGUCACUAAUGUAUGGCUAUCCCGUGCUUUUCGAAGAUGUCGAUGACUACAUAGACCCCGUUAUCGAUAAUGUGCUCAGCAAAGAUGUGCAAAUAGUCAGUGGCCGGAAAUUCAUUGUGCUCGGCGACAAAGAAGUAGACUUCGAUCCGAAUUUCCGUUUAUAUUUAACUACGAAAUUUGCUAAUCCUAAAUUCGAUCCAGCCGUAUUCGCCAAAGCUAUGGUUAUCAACUACACCGUCACACAGGUUGGCCUGGAGGAUCAGCUACUGAGUGUUGUGGUGCGUUCCGAACGUCCAGAUUUAGAACAACAGCGUGAAUCGCUCAUUGCGCAAACGAGUGAGAACAAGCAGCUGUUGCAGCAACUUGAGGAUUCCUUACUGCGCGAACUGGCCACAUCCACGGGCAAUAUGCUCGAUAAUGUCGAAUUGAUCGAAACUCUCGAAAAUACCAAAACUAAAGCGGCAGCCGUCUCCGAACAGCUACAAUUGUCGGCGGAGACAAGCAAAGAUAUCGAGAAGCUACGAAAUGGCUAUCGGCCAGUUGCUGUACGUGGCGCCGUGCUCUUCUUCGCACUCUCCGAUAUGUCCACCGUGAAUAGCAUGUAUCAGUAUGCAUUGGCUGCUUACCUAGAUGUGUUCGGCUUUUCACUACGCAAAUCGGUACCCGAUACAGUGCUUGCUAAACGUCUCAACAAUAUCAUUAAGACACUGACUGAAAAUGUCUAUUGCUAUGGCUGUACGGGCUUUUUCGAGCGACACAAGCUGCUCUUCUCCUUCCAGAUAGCCACGAAACUAGCAAAAAGUGACGGAAGUCUAUCGCAGGCUGAGUUGGAUUUCUUCAUCAAAGGUGCAAUAACACUGACGAAGAGUGACCGCGCCUGCCCUGUGAAGUGGUUAACCGAGAAGGGCUGGGAGGAUUUGUUAAAAUUGGCAAACGAUUUCCCCGUACAAUUCGCCACAUUGCCGGACAGUUUAGGACGAUUUUCACAGGAAUGGAAGGAGUGGUUCGAUUUGGAGAAUCCGGAAGAAGUAGCGUGUCCGGGCGAGUACAAUGUUAAAUGCAAUGCAUUCGAGAAAUUAAUGUUUUUACGUUGUUUCCGUGUCGAUCGAAUUUUCCGUGCAAUAAAUGAAUACAUCGUGGACACCAUGGAUGAGUACUACAUCACGCCGCCAGUGAUUAGUUUCGCCAACAUCUACGAGCAGACCAACUGUAAUAUGCCCGUUUGCUUCAUACUCAGCGCCGGCUCGGAUCCCACGAAUGAUUUAAUGAAAUUGGCAGACCUUGUCGGUGUGGGGAUGGGCAAUUUUUGUCACAUCUCAUUGGGACAGGGCCAAGAGAAGAACGCCAUGAAUUUACUAGACAAAUCCAUACGCCAAGGCUUCUGGUUGAUGCUACAAAAUGGUCACUUACUCAUCACUUUUGUGCGUUCUUUGGAGAAGUAUCUUGAGAAGAUCGAAGCACCACAUCCAGAUUUUCGUUUGUGGAUAACAACCGAUCCUACACCCACCUUUCCUAUUGGUAUAUUACAAAAAUCACUGAAAGUUGUCACCGAACCACCGAAUGGCUUAAAGCUGAACUUACGCUCCACAUUCUUCAAAGUGCGUCAAGAACGUUUGGAGGCAUGCUCGCAUUCGGCAUUCCGUCCCCUCGUAUACGUCUUGGCCUUUUUCCACGCCGUCGUGCAGGAGCGUCGCAAAUAUGACAAAUUGGGUUGGAACAUUUGCUAUGACUUCAAUGAGUCUGAUUUUGAUGUCUGUCUAGAGAUUCUCACUACAUAUCUUAAUCGAGUAGAUGAAGAGACGGGUAAAGUGCCAUGGAAUAGUUUGAAGUACUUAAUUGGUGAGGUCAUGUAUGGUGGACGUGUUAUCGAUGACUUUGAUCGGCGCAUCACGCGCAUUUAUAUGGAUGAAUAUAUGGGCGAUUUCCUCUUCGACACCUUCAAUCCAUUUCAUUUCUAUCACGAUGAGAAUGUCGACUACUGCAUACCAGAUGAUGAGGUGGUGUUGAAGGAGGAUUUCAUAGCACAUAUUGAUAAGUUGCCGCUCGUCAACAAACCGGAUGUGUUCGGUUUGCAUCCAAAUGCGGAAAUUGGUUAUUAUACGCAGGCGACACGCGGCAUCUGGAGUCAUUUGAUCGAAUUGCAACCGCAGACAGGCGAUGCAACUGGCGGCAUCAGUCGCGACGACUUCAUCGAUAGCGUCGCUUCCGGCAUAUUGGAGAAGUUGCCGGUGGCCUUCGAGGUGUGGCGCGUCAAGAAGCAAGUGCAAAUGAACAUUACCCCAACGGGUGUGGUGCUGCUGCAAGAACUGGAACGCUUCAAUUUGCUUGUGAUACGCAUUAAGAAAACGCUCGAGUUGCUGCGUAAGGCCAUCGCCGGCGAAAUCGGCAUGGACAAUGUCCUGGACAAUAUCGCCAACUCGCUGUUCAAUGGACUGUUGCCAAACGAUUGGCGCAAACUGGCGCCGGCCACAUGCAAACAACUCGGCGGCUGGAUGGAACAUUUGCAGAAUCGCUCUACACAAUUCAAGUAUUGGGCCAUGUCAGGUGAACCGUUAGUGAUUUGGUUGUCUGGUCUACAUAUACCGCAGAGCUAUCUAACCGCAUUAGUACAGAUGGCAUGUCGCAAAAACGGUUGGCCACUAGACAGAUCUACGCUAUACACCUGUGUUACCAGCUAUCUGGAUCCGGAUGAUGUUGAAGAGCGACCGCCAACGGGCUGUUAUAUUCAAGGUCUCUUUCUGGAGGGUGCACGUUGGGAUAUGGAUAUUAUGCAAUUGGCUCGUUCGCAUCCUAAAAUUUUGGUGGAAGAUUUGCCAAUACUGUCGGUGGUACCGAUCGAGGUACACCGUCUGAAGUUGCAGAAUACAUUCCGUUCUCCAGUAUACACUACAUCACUACGUCGUAAUGCAAUGGGUGUUGGACUCGUUUUCGAAGCUGAUCUGGCCACCACAGAGGAUAUCAGUCACUGGGUACUACAAGGUGUUUGCCUCACGCUCAACCGAGACUGAAGAUAUUUUAUUUUUAUUUCAUUUGUUGUAACUUUCUUUCAAAUAUUUAUUAUAAUUAUGGUUCGAUGUUCACCACGACAUUUAUUACUUGCUCUUGCUCUAUUAAAUAAAUACUCAUGAGACUGAUUUCGAAUGAAAAUAAUAAU